AGCACUGGGGCUCCUGUCUCACCUUCUACUCUCAGCAGUGGGGCGGUUUGGGUUUAUGUAAUUAAGAGUACUACUGAGACAGACAACAUAAUAAACUGAAGUGCUUACAAACAGAAUAAGGCUUAAACUGUCUGCAAAUCAUCACCUGAAAUGUCCAUAUACGCAGCUGUGUGAUGGAGCUAAAAUCCUACACCAAACUGCUGCAACUUCUGCUGCAAUACUGUCAAGGUCUGCGAAAGAAAUCAGCAGUGUCCAUUUGCUGGGGUGCAAGAAAUAGGGAAAACCGUUUCAACACAAUCGUGCCAUCGUGCGAGGAAGGCGUGAUUUGUCUUGAUUUAAACCAGUUAGGACGUAGCUUUUUCCACCCCAAUGCUAAAAUUUACAUUGACAAGUGAGCCGCGUUAAGAAGUGGCUUUCUGUGUAUUGUUUCUGGUAAAAGUUAAUUUUUUCUUCUUUGUAUGAUUUGUAUGGUAUUUGCUCGGCCAAAGAUACAAAAGUACAAGAGGCGUCAACUGUCCAGCGCAGCAGCAAACGUUUCAGUCAUGUGCUUUCAUCAGUGCUCUAGACCACCUGUUCUAAAGCACAACUCUCUCUUUGCUUGAGUCAGGAUAUUAUAAAGAGGAAUGGAUUGUGUACGCAAACUCUGGAUCUUUGAAUCAGGUUUCUAAGGGAGGGCGUGUGCUUGCCAUUAGCUGAAAAAUUAGAUUCCAUUUGGAUUAACCUGUCAGAGAGCUGACUGAACCAGUAAGAACCGGGCUGGUGUAAAACUGCUGGCAGAUCAGCCAAUCAAACCUCAGUGGUACAAUGCUGCCCGCUGCAGGAAGUGCUGUCUCUGACAAUCUGGUGUGUCUAACAGGAAGAAGGAAGUAUAGUUUCUCACAGGUGGAAGCUUUAGUUAAAUCAGGGACCUUUUACUACGAUUUCAAUCUAUAUUUUUCAGAAAUACAAUAUUUUCUGAUGACAUAGACAGAGAAAAAAUACCAAGACAAAGAGAGAUUUGAGUCUAAUUUCAAAGACAGUACUUAGCUGCAGUUUCUUGUGACAGCAGUAAGUAAAAGUGAAACUAAACUACAGAUUCAUCAGAAGUCAUUACUGAGCUCAGAACAGACCGAGACAGAAUGGCGUCUGGAUUUUCUCUCCUGGAAGAAGAGCUCUCCUGUCCAGUGUGCUCUGAAAUCUUCAGGGAUCCUGUUCUCCUGAGUUGCAGUCACAGCUUCUGUAAGGCCUGUCUGCAGCAGUACUGGGAACAGAAGGGAUCUCGGGAGUGCCCAGGUUGCAGGAGAAGAUCUUCUAUGGAUAACCCUCCCAUUAGUUUAUCUCUGAGGAAUGCCUGUGAGGCGUUCUUAAAGGAAAGAAGUCAGAGAGCUAAAGCAGGAUCUGAAGUGCUCUGCAGUCUGCACAGUGAGAAACUCAAACUCUUCUGUUUGGUGGAUCAAAUACCCGUCUGUGUGAUCUGCCAAACUUCAAGAAAACAUGAAAACCACAAACUGCUACCAGUUCAGGAGGCUGCAGAAGAGUAUAAGGAGAAACUCAGGACUGCACUGGCUCCACUGCAAGAGAAGCUAAAAGCCUAUAAUGCAGUGAAACUAGUCUGUGAUCAAACAGCAGAGCACAUCAAGAGCCAGGCCCAGCACACAGAGAGACAGAUAAAGAUGGAGUUUGAGAAACUUCAGCAGUUCCUAAAAGAUGAAGAGGCAGCCAGGAUCACUGCACUGAGGGAGGAAGAGGAGCAGAAGAGUCAGAUGAUGAAGGAGAAUAUUGAGAAGAUGACAGAAGAGAUAUCAUUACUUUCAGAACAAAUCAGAGCCAUAGAACAGGAGCUGGGAGCUGAAGACGUCUCAUUCCUACAGAGUUACAAAGACAUGGAGAAACGAGCCCAGUGCACACUGGGGGAUCCAGAGAAGGUCUCAGGAGCGCUGAUUGAUGUGGCCAAGCACCUGGGCAAUCUGAAGUACAGAGUGUGGGAGAAGAUGCUGGGGACUGUUCAAUACACUCCUGUGACUCUGGACCCAAACACAGCAGAUCCCAAACUCUUACUGUCUGAGGAUCUGACCAGCGUGGAACUCAGUGAUGAGAGACAGCAGGUUCCUGAUAAUCCAGAGAGAUUUGAUGUGGGGUGGUGUGGGCUGGGCUCUGAGGGAUUCAGCUCAGGGAGACACUGCUGGGAUGUAGAAGUGGGGGGUGAUGACUGGGUGGUGGGUGUGGCUAAAGAGUCCAUCAGCAGGAAAGGGUCUAUGAAUUGGAGCCCAGCAGGAGGAGUGUGGGGUAUAUGGCUGCUCAAUGGGAAAUACAAAGCCCUGACCUCCCCACGUACAGCCCUCACUGUGCAGAGGAAACUCCAGAGGGUCAGAGUGCAGCUGGACUGGUACAGGGGGGAGGUGUCAUUCUCUGACCCCAGGGACAACACUCCUCUCUACACUUUCAAACACUCCUUCACUGAGAGAGUCUUUCCAUUUUUCCAUCCUGGUUCUCUGCAGAUCUGUCCACUGAAGGUAUCUGUAAGAGUGGAAUAGUGCUGUGGUUGAUGGGCAAGGAUCAGGUGAACAGACUGCUUCUUUCACUGUGACAAGAUUAAUGAGUAUAUUUGCAGAUAAAAAUAUAUUUUGCAAUGUUUUAUUUAAUUGUUUAAAAAAUAAAGAUCCAUGUCUGCAGCAGUUCAUGAUGAAUGUCCCUUUGUAACCUCAUGAUGUCAAUGUUGGAAUUGGUUUAUGUGUACUUAGUUGAGGUGUAAUAAAUGCACCAGUGAAAUCA